GCACCGCAUUCUGCCAUUUAGAGCAGCAACCAUUCAUGUUGUUGGACUACUGCUGUCGCUGCUGUGGAUUCACGCUCAUAAAACGCCAUGGACCCUUUUCCCUCAAGACGACGCCCAGCGAUACCUGCGUUGUCCUGCAGAAUCUGUUGAUGUGCAUGAUCUGCUUCUACUCUCUCUACUACAUCGUGGUCAGCGUCUGCAUCGGCCUGCUCAGGGUUCAUGAGAUCAACAGUUUGUUGGCUCCAUUCGACUACACGACUCAACCAUCAUGGCAGAACCCAAAAUACCUUGUUGGAGUGAUCUCCACAGAAGUGACCUACGUUCUGGGCGGCCUGGUGUUCGCCUGGAUCGUGGAGGAGUGGGUUUGGGAUUAUGCCAUAACUGUCACACUGCUGCACAUCGCCAUGACGGUGGCAGUGAUGUCAGAAUUGCCUUCAGCUGAGGAAUGGUGGAUGGCUCUGGGUUCAGGCCUGGUGAUGAUGAUAAUUGGAGGACAACUUCUCGCCUACAAACUCUUCAGGAGCAACUUUGUGUAUCCAGCUGAACUACAGAACUUCUAACGACAACGACAAAAUCUUUUAGCUGGUUAAUCUCAGGUCUUUGUUUCUGGUAAAAACCACUAAAUCAUGUCUAUCUAGGUUAUAUACAGACAUAUAUUCAUAUUUUCUAUAAAGCAACCAUGAGGAAGACUUUGACUUUUCACCAGAUAACUCGGUUCAUUAGCUGAUCCCACCUUGUACAAAUCACCCUCCUUUGUCUAAUACUGUUUUUGUAACAUAUUCUGUACAGUUUAAAUACUUUUUGUAUUCUUUCUUUAUCCUCAAAAUAUUGGAAACUGAGCAAUAGAAAAGAUUUUACAGCUGGAAGCUUUCUGCAGUGAUGAGUUAAGUCACACGACAGAUUUGUAUGUAGCUUAGCAGCCAAUUACUAGACAGUAAGAAAAUGUCAGUGCUGUUUAUUUUAUGCUAAGUUACCAAGAAAAGUUCAGAUCCACACCGCAAAUAAUCAUUUUAAUGCUGGUCAGUUAUGUUAGUUAAAAUGUAUUUACAUUAAAGAUUUUAUGCAUGAA